AUGUCGGCGCGGAGACGGCCAGUGCGUGGAAACCGCGAUGCCGGCGCCGUGUCCGCCGCCGCGGCGCUUGAGUACGACGACGAUAGCUGCGACGUCGUCACGGUGGACUACCGCUUCUCCAUCCUCGCGGUUCGCCGUUUCGUCGACCAGCUCUCCGAGGAGCAGGAGGAGGUGGUCCGGUCCAUCGGCUUCGAGGGCGUGCUCUACCUCACCAGGUGCAAGAAGCUUGACCGUCACUUCUCCGCCUGGCUCUGCAAUCAGCUGGAGCUGGUCACCGCCGCGGCGGCGCCAGGGGCGUCCUCGUCCGCGCCCGUGCCACUAUUCCUGGCAGACGCCACCGGUGAGAAGGUUCCCGUCACCGCGCGCGACGUGCACGAGGACCUCGGCUUCCCGAACGGCGAGCGGCAGGUUGGACUCGGGCGCAACUCCACGGAGAAAGAAAGCGACGCGGCCGCCGUCCGCCGGGCGCUGGGCCUGGACCCAGGGGAAGCACCUACACUGCAACUCGCGGAGGCCGUCAUCGCUCGGAGAAGAAAGGACGCGCCGUCGCCGGGGCCGAUGACGCAGCCCGAGCGCGACGCUUUCGUGGUCGCCUUCCUCCUCCUCCUGGUGGAGCACUUCUUGGCGCCGGGGCCGCCCGUGGGCCGGCGCUGCAAGGUGAACGAGGAGGUGUUCCACGCGGUCGCCAACCCAUCAGAGAUCCACCUCUACGACUGGGCCGAGUACGUCCUGGAGGAGUUCCGUCGCUGCGCCGGCAGCGUCCGGCGACAGGUCACGUCCCGGUGUUCCAAGAUCUCGCUCUCCGGUUGCCUCCUAUUCCUUCAGAUUUUCUAUUUAGAUCGAUUGGAUUUGGAGACGACCAAUCGCGAAGUACCAUGUGGUGUUCUUCCUCGCGUAGCAGCCUACGACUGCAAUUCUAUAUAUAACGCGAUCAACCUGGACCGGCAACCUGAAUGGCCUGAGGGUGGCCUCAAACUGUUUGGAAAGCUUAAGUUCGCUGUGAAGCACGCAGCACAAACAGAUGAUUUUGGAAGCACCUCCAAGGGACCUCAGCCAUACCUGCACUCCUUUGAUUCAGAACAGCAUGAUAGUACAAAGAAUACAGACAUGCUAUCAAUAGUGCAUUGUAUUGUCAAAUGCCAUGUUAUUGAACAAUUAAAUCGGAUUUUGUCUGAGAUGAACUCCAGUGGACUACACAAUAAACUGAAUGAAGGAGAAAAACAUCAGCCUCUCGCCUAUGACCAGCAUUUGCCUGAAAAGAAGCCAAUGGUUCAAGUGACCUCAUGCCAAACUAAUCCAGACAGUCCCGAAGAUGUGAUCAUUCUUGACAGGAACUCUGCUUCCAGGGUACAGUCAAGAUCAAACCCUAAGGAGAUAUUUACCAAUCGACAACCAAAAACUCAACAAGAGGUUGCAUCCGAGAAAAGGAGCCAAUCCGAAUUUCUGGUCAGAGAAGAAAAAAAGCCAGCGGUUCAGAUGAGUUCAUGCCAAACUACUUCGGACAGUUCUGAAGAUUGUAAAAUCCUUGAUACCGAUCCCUUUGAGUCCAGGACUGUGAGCUCCCAUCCUAAAAACGCUGCUCCCCGGGCGCAGUCAAGGUCAAACCCCAAGGACGUGUUUUCGAAUCUGCAUCCAAGAACCGAACAAGAAGUUCCAUCUGAGAAAAUAAGUCAAACGGAAUUUGAAGUCAGAGAAGGAACCCAAUGUGACACUUACCAAAACAAAUUUCCUGCAGCUUCAUCUUGUCCAGAAGAAAAGUCAGUGACUCAGGAGACUCCAUGCCAAACAACCCCAGAAGAUGAUGCCAUGAUCCUUGAUUCCAAUCCUUUUGAAUCCGACACAGCGUGUACUCCCAGCUGCAGUGGCCCAGAAACGAAGAAAGAAUACAUUUUUGGACGUUCACCAUUUGAAAUGGGACUUGUUCACCCAAAGCCACCCAAGAAACAAGCCGAAGCGUGCUUCAAGUGGUUAGAGGCAUGCAGCUACCAGGACGACCAGCUUAAUUGGACAUGGGUCAUUCUUGAGGAACCUAAUUCGAUAGCAGUAGAUGGACUGCAUAUCAAGGUUGAGAUGAUGCGUGGCGCAGCACUAAAACAAGAUGUUUGUAACCUAGUUAUGCGUCUGUACCGCCAGCUAGAUGAUGAGAUUUAUCAGAACAGUGGCAAUGCAGAACCAGGGUGGCGGCACUUUCUUCCAGCAGAGUGGUCUUCAUCAGCCUUGGAGCAUGGAGACAAGAUAUGUGAUGAGUUAUCAUCGACAGUAAGAUCCAUGUUUACCGGUGCACACUUCGCAUACGAUGUAGGACUUUGCAGGAUGGUGAUUGCGCCAGUAGAGCUAGAUGGUUCGUGGUCAUGCUAUGCGUGGGAUUUCAUGGAGAAGCGGCUCAACAUUCUUGACCCUCUCUUGUACUGCAGCAGCAGAAACAAGGAGGCGAUAAAGAUGAAGCACUCUUCAUCGGCGCCCCAGCUUCUUAGCGCUCUCCUCGUCUGCGUAUCGCUCUACUGCAACUCGCAUGGCUAUGAUCACCAGGAGUCCAGCCCCAACAGCUGGAAAACAGAAAUUCUUAAGGAUUUUGGUGGAAUGCGCAGUCACAGCAAGCCUAACACGGGCAUGUACACUCUGUUCUACGCCAGAAUUCGACGGCAAGGGCCUGAGGCAGACUGUCAACGAGGGAACGAUAGCAAGCCUUCGGAGGGAUCUGCUGCAUCAGAUGCUCACCAUGCGUGGCAACACCGGCCGCCCUCCGUCGAUCGUCGAUUACCCCGUCACGGGCCUUCUUUAAUCGUCGACGUACUGGCAGCAAAUGACCCUGAUUGCGUAGCGGAGAACGCCAAGGAGUCGCCGGUGUACGGAUGCCUCGAUGCCCACGGGUUCUUAGGGUACCAGAUUCGGGAUUCCGGAGAUGAGGAAGCGAAGACGAGCAUGCGACGAUUGAAUUGCCCGCGGGUUCUUCGUGUACCAGAUUCAGGAUUCCGGAGAGGAGGAAGCGGAGACAAGCAGGCGACGAUUGAAUGGAUGAGCUGA